AUGGAAAGAAAAGUAUAUAAGAAGAAGCAAUAGAAAUAAUAGAAAUUUGAGCAUUUUGAAGAAUAAAAAGAGAUUUAAAAUGACUGGGGAAAACUGGAGCAAGUGUGGAAAUAAAAGGAGCAACCUAGAGUUAUUUAUAAUACUGAGCAGGACUUAUUAAUUGUUGAAGAGAACGAAUAAUAAGUUGAUAGUUCUAAUAUUAAAAUGUCGAGAAUUAUUCUUUGGUUCCGAAACGAUUUGAGACUUCAUGACAAUCCUAUCAUUAACUAUGCAAUCAAGCACCCAGCAAAGAAUAAGCAGGUUAUUCCAGUCUAUUGCUUUGACCCUAGGUUCCAUGGCAGGAAGGUAAAGGAGUUUGGAACAAGUAAAUGUGGCUUAGUUAGAUAGAGGUUCCUGAUGGAAUCAAUCGAGAAUUUCAGGCACAAUUUAGAGAAAAUUGGAAGCAAGUUGUUAGUGUCAAAUGAUAAGCCUGAGGAUUUUAUAAAAAACUUGAUUGAUAAAGACUGUGAGAAUAUUGUUGUCUACUAAAAAGAAAUCUGUAGUGAAGAAGAGAACGUUGAGAAGAAUCUAGAGAAAUCUGUAGCUGAUGCGAAAUUCCAAAAGUUCUGGGGUUCAUCAGUUUACCAUGUUUAAGAUUUAAACUUUAAGAUUAAUCAAUUACCAAGAGUCUACACCUCUUUUAGAGAAGCUACUAGUGAUGUAAAUGUCAGACCUUUGUUUCCUGAUCCAAAGAAAGACUAAUUACCCUUUGUCUUAAACCCUAACGCAGCCAUUGUCGAAGCUUCUGUAUAUAUGCCAAAAUUAGAAGAUUUUGGCUUCACCUAGGAGUAGAUAAGCAAAGGUAAAGAUUAAAGAUCUGUGAUUGAAUUUAUUGGAGGAGAGGAUGCUGCUUUAAAGAGAUUCAAGGAGUAUGUCUAUGAAACAAAUGCAGUGAGUCAUUAUGCUGAUACUAGAAAUGAGCUAUUGGGAGCACUUGGUUCUUCUCGAUUCAGUCCCUGGAUGGCAGUUGGAUCAAUAUCUCCAAGAUAUAUCUAUCAUAAAGUAAAGGAGUACGAAGCUAAGAAUCCACUAUAUCAAAAAUCAACAAAGAAACUCAUAGAUGAGGUCUUCUGGAGAGAUUGGUGCAGAUUUUGGGCGCUGAAGUACGGAAAUAAAAUAUUCGGGGUAUAUGGUUAUGAUUUUGAAAGAGGUAGUUCAAUGUAUAAGUGGGACACGAACCCUGCUAUAAUCAAGAGAUGGAGAGAAGGAACAACAGGAAUGCCUUUGAUUGAUGCUUUCAUGAGAGAAAUGAAUAGCAGUGGCUUUAUGUCAAACAGAGGGAGAUAAAUAGUAGCAAGUUAUCUAGUCUUAGAUCUCAAUCAAGAUUGGAGAUUUGGUGCUUAUCAUUUCGAGGAUAAAUUAAUUGAUCAUGAUGUAUAAAGCAACUAUGCCUCUUGGAACUUUGCAGGAGGAAUUGGGCCAAGCAAGGUUUUAAGAUUUAAUGUUUUAAAAUAAUCCAGAGACCACGAUAAGGAUGGAGAAUUCAUAAAGCUUUGGGUUCCUGAGUUGAGAAAUGUCCCAACUGAAUACAUACAUGAGCCCUGGACAAUGCCAAAGAAUGCUUAAGAAUAAUUCGGAGUCAUAAUUGGAGAGACUUACCCUAAGCCUAUUUAAUGUGCAAAAUAUACUUAAUAAGGGAGUGCAGAUUAUCAGAGUAAACCAAAUUAUUAAAAUCAUAGAUAGGUAUUUACUGCCUCAUCAGAUGGAAGCCACAGAGAAAAAAAGUUUUAUUAGAAAAAGAACCCCUGA